UCGCGCUCAUCCACACCUCUUUAAGGUUUAUUUAUUUUUUCCCCGACGGAAAGUCCACUUCGGUUUUUGUGUGAAGCUCCAAAAAUCUAUGAAAUGUGUUUGCAUGUUCUUCUCCGGGCGCGAGGAUGUGGAGGUGGGAUAGAGAGACGCGAGAGGCUGGAGGAGCGCACGCGCUCGCUCUCGGACAAAGUGCGUUCUGCGUGUAUCUGCCGGUGCUUGGGCUUUAUUAAAGGAAACAGCGAGAAUAAUUCAGUUCGGGAUUCUCAGGCCUUAGUGAACGGACCCGUGAGAUGUUCUUGAGGCUCAACUAGUGUGGGCUGCCGCUUCAGUGGUCCGAUUCUCCUGCUGUGCACGCGUCAAUCUCAUCUUGGCUUCGGUCUUCGUAGGAACGUUGCAACUCUAUCUUCUGCUCAUCCUAAACUCCCCCAUCUCCCUCUCCCUCCCCCUCCCCCUCACGCCGUGGCCCAUGUCUGCCAGCGGAGGGUCCAUGGAGGGAAGUCGAGCCAUAGAGGAUGAGGAGGCACAGGACAGCUGCUGCGGGGACGAAGACUCAUCUCCGGUGGUGGAACGGAGAAACCGCAGCGGCAUCAUCAGCGCUCCACUCAGCAAAAGCCUAAAGCGCUCACGAGCUCUCUCGCAGUACAUCGCGACCUGCUCGGCCGCCGCUGUGGCCAGUGUCGCGAAUGCUAACAGACUUGCCCAGAGCUCUAUGGUGGCGGCGGGCGUCAAAGCUCACCCUACUGCCAGCCAGCACAGGUCACAAGUCGGGUAUGCCAAACUGGACCGGGGUGCGUUAGUGUCCGGCCUUCUGGACUCUCCGAGCGGCCUGCAUCUCGCCCAGGCCGCUGAGCUCCUGCGACGGGCGGGGAUGCUGCUUCCUGUCAGUGACCCGUCCAAUGUCAGUGUGGGCGGGGACAUGGAGACGGUCUCGGUUUCUGAUUCGCUGGGCAGUGUGAUGGACUUCCCAUUGCUUGGCAACGGCGGAGUGGGCGGGAGUUUUCCAUAUCACCCGGGGCUGUUCAUAAUGACGCCGGCAGGAGUGUUCCUCGCCGACGGGGCGCUCUCUCACGUGACGGGUGCGUCGGAACACCAGCAGAUGCAGAGCGAGAUUUCAUCGGCCAUCAGUGCCAACGGGAAGAAAAAGCGGAAGCGAUGCGGCCUGUGUCCACCUUGCCGGCGCAGGAUUAACUGCGAACAGUGCAGCAGCUGCCGCAACCGCAAAACCGGCCAUCAGAUCUGCAAGUUCCGCAAGUGCGAAGAGCUCAAAAAGAAACCUGCUGGCGGGCUGGAGGUGAUGCUGCCAACCGGAGCUCCUUUCCGAUGGUUUCCGUAGGGCAGCUGGACCCUCCCCCCCAUGACUUCCAUCCCAUAAUGAAGGACUCCCAAUGGACAGUGACGCCUCUCCCACUCGGAAAGCUGUGGCACUUGUAAACACUGGGUGCAAACAAACAAAUAAAACAAAUGAAGAGCGGAAUGAAAGCACUAUUUGAGAACGAACAUGUCCUGAACCAAAAAUAAACAGUGAAUGGCAGAAUGUCAUUCCGUUUUUCUUUUUUCCUGUGUUCCAUUUCGGAACCAUCUGAGUUCUACUCCGGAUUCUUGCCCUUUAUUGGAUGCUCUGGAACUAUUUGCCGCCAAAUGGAAAACGGACAAUCAUUUUUAUUUGUGUUUUUAGUGGUUUUGUUUGUCCAUGUGUGGAGAAAUGCCGUAAUUUUGUUUAGAGAAUGUAAUCCCAAGGCUCUGUUUUAAAGCUUGUGAUAAUUAAGGAGCACUAUUGUAAUUUAGCACAGUGGUUCUUACUGACUGCCUCAAUGUUACGAUUGCCUUUUUAUGUUAAGGGAUUUUGGGGGGGGGGGGUUUGAUUUGUCAUUCAGUUUUCAAGUUGCUCAAUAUUUGAUAUGAAGAUGACCAUGAAAAACACUCUAAUGUAGCAUCCCUUAUUACAAACAUCCCUGAAAGGUCCUUUUGGGUUUGACGUUCUGUUUGUUUGUUAUUAAAUGCUGUAGGCCUGCUGAGAUUGGAGGGAAGGCGAAGCUGAUGGAACUACACUAUGUAGACCAGCUAUGCAUAGGACCCGCCUCCUUUUUCUUGUAGCCUCAUAGUAUUGGUCAGAUGGAAGACGUGGCCCUUAGCAGACCAGGACCUCCAAAAUUCAGGAAAUUAUUGAUGUGUAAUGAUAAUAUUUCUACGAUUAGGAUGUUUUAUUGCUGAAUUACUCCAAGACCUGAUCUCCUGUGCUCCUUUAAGUCCUUUUCACAUGGUUUGCAUCAUUGAACAUGUACAAUUGUUGUUCUAUGAUGCUUAAAAUUUAAACUAUUUCAACUUAAACUCCAUUUGUCAUUGAGUUUUCAUAAUAUAGACAAGGAUUACCAGGCAAUACCCCAUUGUGACACCUUGAGCUGCAUCUGUCUAGAGCAUUAUGAGAAAAGUUUCAUAAACUCUUGUUCAAGAGUUUUCCUUUACAAGUGAUUUCCUUUCUGUUUUAAGCUCACAAACAUGUUAGCACUUUCAUUUUCAUUGUGAACGGUUCUCUGGUUUCUUUCUGCCCAGCAACCAUGUAAACUUGCCCUUCUGUAAGCUAUCCGUAAGGCGUUGCACAUGAGCGUCAAAGCGCGUGAUGCUUUUGUUGAGACACGCAUUGGCGCUAUUCAUGUGAAAGGGGCUUAAGGGCAUCUACGUAACAUGGACACCAAGAUGAAUAAGUGACUUUUUUUUUUUUUAGCUGUAAUUGUCGUUUUGGUGUUUUUUCCCUUCUUCUUCAUGCUUGAAUCCUACUGAACAGGUUCGCCCCAAUACUGAUCUAGAUUGAGUGAAAUGCACUAUACCAAAAUGAUUUCAAGUCAAAUUCCAACAGCACGCCGUUCCCGUGCCGUAUGGGGCCAAAAUUAUCGGUCUGCGUAAAUGAAUGCAUGUAUAUGUGUCCAAAGCCAACCAUUCUGAGGUCUUGGCAGUCCUCAAUUAAAUAAACCGA